UGCUGCUAGGUAUGUAAGUCUGAAUGGUUGACCAUGCUAAGGUAAAGAGAGACAAAGUAAUGAAAUGCUAUCCUAGAUUCCCGUCAGUGGAGGUGAGCGGAAAAGUUACAGUUUCAUCAAACAUCUAUUCAUAACUACUUACGUUGGAAGUGAUUUGAGAGAGCCGUUAUGAUUAGGGUUUACAUUCGAUCUAUGUCGCUACAUAUUUGCUGAUGGCGUACGAUUUGUCUGAUGACAACGGGGAUUACACCUAUUAUGUUAUGACCCGUGGUUCGAUAUACAGAAGACGGAUGUUUACCAAAUCUAUUGAAGACAUGUUUGAAUCAACAUUGCUGCAAAAAUGUUCAAGAAUGGAAGAGAUUCAUUUUUGUAUAUGACUAGGAUAGCAUGGACCAAAUGAUGGAGACACCAGCUUGGGUAAAACGUUUCGACGACGAUUCAGAUUCUAAGCCUCGGCAUUCCACCUCUUGUGUUAUUCCGUCAACAUCUAGAAAUACCGAGACCUCGUGGAGUUUUGCAAGUCCGUCAGAUCAGGAUCUGAGAUCACUACGUAACUCACAUGAUUUCCCAACUGAUUACUGUGAUGGAUUAUCCACGGAUAAAGAGUUUCCAUGUACUCGAACUGUUCAAUCUAACUGUACAUUGGCAGAGGAGGAAAGGCGUAAAAAGAAGAGAAGACGACAAAUUGAUGACACAUCAGGGUACAGCACGACAUCGCUCAGUGAAAUGUCUGAGUUCGAAACUCUCACAAAGAGGGAACAACGACGAGGUCCAAGUAGCCAUCAGUUGUAUGUAGGGAGGAGACGUCAAUCUGCAACUGACGACAGAAGUGAUAAAAGCAGAGUGUCACAGUCUACAAGUAGACGUGCAAGUGAAGUGUCGAAGACCCAUUCAAGUAGACAUUUAAGUGAAUUAUCAAAAAGUUCAUCACGACCAGAAUUGGAUAGAACACCACACAGAAUUCCGAGAGUUCAUUCUACUGCGGAAAGCCUUGGGAGUUUACACAGUGGUCGGAGUGCAAGAAGCAAUCAUACUCAUCGGAGUAACCAUUCAAAAUCACAUACGAAUACUGUGCAGGGGAAAAUGGCUCGUUCAACAGACCAUAGCGAUCCUUUUGCGUUUAUACAACCUGUUCCCGAAUCAUGUAGUUCACGUUUGCGAAAGACAUUGAGACCAUGCAUGGGGGUGCUCAUCAUGCUAAUUUUAGCUGCAAGUCUCGGAGCUGCUAUUUACUUUGCUAUAGAAUUGAAAAAAACACAUGAAGAUGAAAUAGAAAUGUUAAGGGCCAAUUUAGCUGUAAAAAUAAAGAAAACGAGAUAUGGUAAACCACUAGAUGAACUGAUGCAGUCUGAUUUUAAAGGGCUCGCCUUAGACUACUGCCAACAGAUGGACAGGUAUUAUCAACGCAGUCAUUUUAAAUCCACGUACAGAGGCUGCGAAGUCAUUUCCAUCAAGAAUGAGCAUAUCAACUUUACUCUUUUCUUCAUGGAAAAAGAUGCAACAACGAAGGAUAUUAUAUCAGUCAUAGAAACUGCCGCGCCAAAAGUGGAUGAGUCCGGACAAUCCGUUGCUGUGGAAGAUAAGUUUGAAAUAGAACUUGAAAACGUUAAAAUAACUAUAGAGCAUAAACGGACACCUGUUUCGUUCAGUAAAUUGAGUAGCGACUCCCAUUCUGAAGAUGGAUAUCCAGUGAAAAACUCCAAAAAUGAAAACGCGAGGUCAGGAUCUUCCUUUGGAGGUGAUCGAAGCACCAGUAAGGCACAAACCACAACAACGGUGACCACGACUACUACCACACGAACAACGACAACACCGGCACCAUCUAAAACCGAUUUAGCGUGGACACCUUGUGCUUUUAAAAGUGGUUCAUUCUAUCCCCAUCCAAAAGCGUGUAACAAAUACUUCCAGUGUGAGCACGGCAAGUCUCGACUUCAAACCUGUACUGGAGAUUUACUGUUCGACAUCACCUCCGAUGUGUGUGUAGAGGACAGAGCAAACCUGGUGUGUCCGGAUGGAGCUGCUGCACCACCAGCGCCACCUACAAGUCCAGCUUCCGUUCGGAUCCAGGACACGAGCUCCACAACUCCCACCACACAGACACUUCAUCCAACGUUGCAUAGUGAAAACAGCAGGAAUAACAGUUCGGUGACGUCAUCGAUUUACCCAUCACGACCCGCUUACUCCCGAACACCGUGUGCGACAGGAAAACCUGGUCAACUUUUCCCCCACCCUGACAACUGCCUUAAGUUUAUCCAGUGUAUCGGACCUAAUAAGGGCGUGGUACAAAAAUGUGCAACAGACCUCGUGUACGACCCUGAAACCAUGGCAUGUAUAUUCCCGCGAAACCUUGAACUAAUGUGUCCUGAUCUUGUUCCUUGCGACGGAAUUAUCCGUGGAUAUUUUCCCCAUCCGUACGUCUGUUCAAAGUACAUUCAGUGUGAGUCGGGGAGUGAGGUUGUCCAGUCCUGCAACGUUGGUCUUGUAUGGGACCCGGUGAUUAAUUCUUGUGUGUUUAGAACUCCGUCGAGUAUUUGUCCAAAUGCAAACAAACCCGUGUAGUGGGACAUAUCUUUUAAUUAAGAAUAACACGAAACCAGCUAUAUUUCCAAUAUUCAAUAAGUUGGUGUCUAGAUGGUACGAAACAAGCGCAUUGAUUUAUAUGUACAUCUGUAUGAGAUAUGCAUGUAUAUAUGUAUAUCUGUCAUGUAUAGGUCUUAAGUGCAGGAAAACUAUAUGAAAUGAUAAUAACAAUAUAGUUUAAAAUAUUCCGAAAACAAUCAAAAUAAAUAAUACAUAUAGUAUAAUUUCUUAAUUACUGUGCUUUAUUCAUCCAAAUUCGUCAAUCAAUAUACAAUAAUAGGUAAUAAUCCCGACCACGCAACUUUCGUCACAUGUAACGAACAUCAAGAAUAUGUAACCUCUUAGUCCACGUUCCAUUUUUAGGUCACCUGAUCUUUGCCCAAGUGACCUAUUCUGAUCGCUUUCUGUCCGUCGUCGUGUGUAAACGUUUGACAUGUUUGGCUUCUUCUCACGAAUACAUGAAUGGGUCUCCACCAAUUCGUUAGGGACAAUUUUUGUUGGAAGAAGGUAUCAAAUUGUAAAAUUUGGUUUCCUGUCCCGUACCCAGGGGCUAGAACGGGGCUCAAAAGGACACAAAUAACCAAUAUUUAUAGGAUAAGUUUUCUUCUGGAAACCCAGAUGUACUCCAAACAAAUUCUGUUAAUGGAUGAAAAGUCAAUCAGGGACUUUAUCUUCUUUUUUUCAAUUUCAUUACCUCUUGGCCAUCCAUUCUCGCUUAGGGAGGGGGUAGGAUUAACUUUAGUAUAUAUAGGGAAAUUAUUAUGAUGCCAGAUGGCAAUAAUAUGGUACGAUAAAAAAUAUAUUGCCGCAUCCCCAGGGGAUGGAGGAGUAGGGACCAAAUGAGUAAAAUGGCAAAAGUUUAAAAAAACAAAGUCUUCUUCAUCAAACUAUUCUUACAUAGAAAGGUCCUUAGGUGCAUUAUCUAAAUUAUAAAUUCCAUCCCCCUUUCCAAGUCAUCUGCUUUCCAUUGGGCAGAGGGUUAAGUUUUACAGUACUAUAUUAAGUUGAAUAACACAGUUAUAUUUUUCUAAUGUCUGCUAGAAGAAAAUGUCUUAUAUUAUCUGCACUCAGGUUUACAAGAUUCCAACUUCCUUUUAGGAUGGCAUUGCUCUUAGGUGCAUUAAAUAUAUUAUUAGUGUUAUUACUAUUUGGUCAUCAGUUAUUCUUGGUUUAUAUAGAAGGGAGUAACACUUUUGACUAUAUCUAUUCCAUUUUCAGCAAGCAAUAAUUCAACAUUGGUAACAAAUCGUUUCAGAAAGUAAUAUCCUGACCUGACCUAUUUCCACAUCAAAUCUCAAGUAUAAAAUUAAGCUACCAGUAACUAUAAUAUAUAUCAGGUGAUCCCUUUGGCCUCUUGUUGUACUUACUUUCAGUUGAUAAUGCAUCUGUAUUACCAAGUAUACACAUGCGUUGCGGCAAGCGUUAUUUUACGGUUUACAGAAGUCUUAAAGAAUAAUAUGAUUUGUUCGUGUUUGUGAAGCACACCAAUUAUACGAUUACAUAGUCUAACCACGAUUGUUCAUGAUAUCUGGAAUAAAGCCACUUUAACAGUACUUAUACAAUAACAUAGUCACUCCACGAAUGUUCAUGAUAUCUGGAAUGAAGCCACUUUAAUAGUACUUAUACGAUCCGUAGUCACACUACGAAUGUUCAUGAUAUCUGGAAUGAGGCAACUUUAACAGUACUUAUACGAUAACAUAAUAACUUUACGAAUGUUCAUGAUAUCUGGAAUGAGGCAACUUUAACAGUACUUAUACGAUCCGUAGUCACACCACGAAUGUUCAUGAUAUCUAGAAUGGUGCCACUUUAACAGUACUUAUACGAUCCGUAGUCACACCACGAAUGUUCAUGAUAUCUGGAAUGAGGCCACUUUAACAGUACUUAUACGAUCCGUAGUCACACCACCAAUGUUUAUGAUAUCUGGAAUGAGGCCACUAUAACAGUACUUAUACGAUAACAUAAUCACUCCACGAAUGUUCAUGAUAUCUGGAAUGAGGCCACUUUAACAGUACUUAUACGAUAACAUAAUCACUACACGAAUGUUCAUGAUAUCUGGAAUGAGGCCACUUUAACAGUACUUAUACGAUCCGUAGUCACACCACGAAUGUUCAUGAUAUCUGGAAUGAGGCCACUUUAACAAUACCAUGCUAUUUUGUACCCAUGCCUAUACUUAAGCGUUUACUUACCUUCCUUUUGUAACGAUAAAUAUAUGUCUCUACAACAACUGACCCGUAUCACAAGAGCAUCCACUAAACAUUUAUGUUAGUUACGCUUAAUCAAUUGAUUAAUUAGUAACUGCUGUCUCAGGAUUGGUUUAACUCCUAAUCGUCGCUGUAAUAGGAUAUGAGUUUAUUGAUUUUUGGCUCAAUAGAUAUAUUUCAUCUUAUAAGCACUCGUUUCUGCUGUUAUAGUUGAACUCAUUGUUACAAGUAAUAUUACAUUUUACAAGUGAUUAGCUCAAGAAUCUUAAAGAACCUUUCAAAAUCGUAUUUUAAAUAUUAAACUAUAUUUUUUAGUAUAAUACUGUUUAAAUUGCUAUUUCACAUUACAUUUCAGUUUCCAUGAACAUGGGCACUGUGAGGGCUUUUUUUUAGAAGUACAAAAAGGAUCUUUCUUGAAUUUCUAAUUCAGGUUUCAUUGUCCUGGGUUGUGCAUAUUGAACUUUGAGACAGACCAAAAAAUCGAAAUGGCCAAAAUGCGGUCAACGUGAGUUUAGAGAGAUACAAAUGCUGGUGAUAUUGUUUAAGAAAGAACUGGAGGAACCUUUCUCCAAUAUUCUAUGUAGGUUUCCUUGGUCUGUCAUUUACAAAUUGAAUUUUGGACCGAUACUUGACAGGCGACCAUCUUGAAUUUUGAGUGUUAAAGUUUAUAAGCUCUAUUUCGAAGAAAUUCUAGGAGUGAUCUUUCUCAAAUUGCACAAUUUCUUUUCCAAAUAACUGUUGUAGAGUGUAUCUCAUUUUGAGAGAUUUCAGAAAAGCAAAGUGUCCAACUGGUUGCCAGUUGAAGCUGGUAUCACUAUAUUUAAGAAUAAAUCUUUUGUAGGUUUUCUUUUGGUUAUACAAAUGUUCCAAUUUGAGACUAAUCAAGAAAACUAGAUGGCCGCCUGGUAGCUGUAUUAGAUUUUGAUAAUAUCAGUUUAUCUUUUUCUCCAGAAGUCCAUUCUGGAAUCUACUUUGGCCCGAGUUAUGCUUGUUUGAUUUUGAUACUGAUCCGGACAAAAAAAGUGCCAAAAGGAAAAGAUCUAGCAAAUAUUUCCUGAAUAAGGAAGAUUUUCGUGUUUGUUAGUUUAGCCUCUUUGUUGGCUUCAAUUUGCUCAUUUAUUUAUUUCAGUACAUAUCUCAUACGACGAUCUAAUUUGAAAGGACACUGACAAAUCUUGUUUUCUGAUGUCUUUUUUUCAAAAUUGGUGACAAGACUAUCAAUUGAACAGAUAGGAGGAAACCUAACACUUAUAUAGACCCAAUCGCUGUUGUACUAUGGAAGGCGUCAAGCUCCCUUGUGGAUACUUUUGGUUUGUUUUUAGUUGGCAAAUGGGAAACUGAAAUUAGUUGAAAAUGAUAAAAGUCACUAUCGAUCUGUACAUCUCGGCGUCAAUAUCGAGAUAACAUGUCGGGUACAACAUUUCUAAAUACACUAUCUUGUUGUACAAUUUCUUGAUCAUCGAGUUGAAACACCUCCAGUCUAUGUAAUUGUAGAUUGUUUUGAUAACUAUUUUCGAGUAAUAAGACAUUACGGUACACCGGAACUGUGCACUAGUAUUAUGUAUGUAGGUAUGCACUCUAUGUUUAUAAACUCUUACAGUGAAUGUGUAUGCAUGAAGAAAUAAAUUAUUGCAUCUCGUUAUUUAACCCUAACCCUAACCCUAACCCUAACCCUAACCCAUCUCGUUGCAAUUUUGCAAUGACAUCACUUAUAAUAAAUAUUUUACAUUAUUGUAUCACGUAGAGCAUGUGGAUAUUAUGAUGCAAAAAUAAGUUGUCUUCGAUUAUGUUAAUGAAGUACAGACCUGGAUGGGAUUGUCUGGCCAAUACAUGUUGUUUCUUAUGUCACUGUGAUAUAGUAUAGACUUGUUAAGUUUGUGUUACACGCUUCUGUUACCAUAGACAAUCCAGCAGAUACAGUAGAUAUACACGUGUAUGAUCACUGUUUAUAUAUCAACUAGUAGUCACUUUUACAAUUAUAUUAAAGUGGGUAUAUUGAGUUGGUGCACACUUGUCUUAUCAUAAACAGGCUGGCAUAUUUAGUCGUUCCACACUUAUUUUUACCAUCGAAUAUGUUUGUGAUGCUCUUGUAUGUGUCAGUCAUGCUAGUAUAUUUACCUUUAUAGAUAUUUCAUAAUUGUACUAAAACAGAAAUGCAACCUUAAUACAGCGUAGUUGUAUACAAAAUGGUAUAUAUUUAGUUGUGUUAAUCUCUUUCUGUAAGUAUUAAUGCAUAAUCAAUAUGAAUUAAAUCAAAAUACACACGAUAGAUACAUCAAUGAAUGUGACGGAAAGAUGACAGUAAUAACGACGAAUAUGGACCCUGUAUUUAAUGCAAUAAUUUACAAAUACGAGCAGAAUUUUGAUUUCCUGCAAAGAGUUAUUUAUGUAUAAGCAUACAACUGCGCUAACGGCGUGGUUUAAGUUAAAUGUAUAAAGGAAAUAAGCCUUAACAAAACAAAACAUAAAAAAACUCACUCGAGCGCUGUUUAUGGCAUUCGUGAUCCGACAUGACAUUGUGUGUCAUCGUUUUGCACAAGCAACUACAUCACAUGUCUGGGUCACAAAUACGGCUUCCUAACAAACUCACCUGAAUGUGAUAUUCAUUUUGUUCUACUGACCAGUUGCUACUGGUGAUAUUAACUGUCUUCAAUAAAGAAUAUUAUAACCUUG